AAUAUUUAUAUUUUUCAAUGAUGUUUUGCUGGCAAAAUUAUAUGUAACUUUAGCAUUUUAUUUGUUAGAUAAAGUGUUGUGUGGCUUGUUUCGCAGAAUUUAUUUCGAUGGAUAAAACAAACCUUAUACCUGCCUACUGGUUAUGCAUCUCGCACUUAGCAGUGAUUCAAUAUGGGCGAGUGAAUGUUACCAUAGCCCUAGGUUAACCCAAGCCAUGUGAGGGAAAUCAAGAAGAUGCCACACGGUGUGCACUAUUGGAUGUGGCAGAGAAUUGUCUUGUAGAGCGCAGAUCCUUUUAGGGUCUGCAUAGCUUAAAAUGAGGAUUAAAUACUCUAGGACUCCCCCAUGUAAGCCAUGGGCCCUCCUGGAAAUAAAAGACAGGGUACAGGGUAUAUCGAUAUUUGUGAGGCUAGCAAUGUAAAACACGCUCACUCUCUCUCUAUAUAUAUAUAAUGUUUUUCUUAGGUAUUAGAAGCAUAAUACAAUUAAUUAUGAGAUGGAUGGUAAAAUUAGGAAGAAUAUCUUUGAAAUACAUUAACAACCCAGUUAAUUUCUUGAUUACUUGUGAAAAUAGAUGUAAAUUACUUACAUUGGCUGCAUUAAACACAAUUGCUUUAUCAACCUUAUACUUGCAAGAAAAGCAUGAAAAUACUCUGGAGAAAAUGAAUUUAGUUAAUACGGUAAUGGCAGCAACAGAUACAAAAAUAGAUGACAAAAGAAAGAAAUCUAAAAUGUACAAUUUUAUUGCUGAUGCGGUAGAAUUCGUAGCACCAGCUGUUGUGUACAUCGAGGUUAUAGCAAAUGUUAGGAAUCAGUAUCAAAAUAUACAAACAACUGUCAGUAGUGGUUCUGGAUUCAUCGUCACAGCAGAAGGGAUGGUAUUAACUAAUGCACAUGUCAUAAGCAAUUCUGCAGCUGUCGAGGUUCGUCUUUCGAAUGGAGACACAUACAAAGGAGUAGUUAUUGAUGUAGAUGACGAAUCAGAUCUAGCUGCAGUGAAAUUAAUAAGUAACAAUAAGAAAUUGUUUCCACAUGUUAAACUUGGUACGUCAUCAAGAGUUAGAGCAGGCGAAUGGGUGGCUGCGUUAGGUAGUCCGCUGCGAUUGAGCAACACUGUGACAGCUGGUAUCGUUAGCUCUUUGCACAGAGCUAGUGGAGAUAUUGGAAUAAGACGAAAUGAUAAUGUAUAUAUACAAACUGAUGCACCCAUCAAUAUUGGAAAUUCGGGUGGACCUUUGAUAAACUUAGAUGGCGAAGUAAUAGGUAUCAAUUGCAUCACUGUUCAACAAGCUGCUGGUAUUUCAUUUGCCAUCCCAUCUGACGUUGCCGCAGAAUUUCUUGAAGGUGCUAUGAGUAAAGAAAAGCAUACCAAACAAAAAGGCGAUGUUUCCUCUGAAAGAGGAAAGCGAGAUCAAAAGUUUUAUAUAGGUAUAUCUAUGCUGACCCUCACCCCACCAAUUGUACGAGAGUUGCAGCAAAGGAACGCGGAAUAUUUUGCUGACAUCAACGAUGGGGUUCUCGUUGCUCGUGUUAACAUUGGAUCACCAUCUGAAAGAGGUGGGUUGAUGGCGAGAGAUGUCAUAAUUUCCAUCAAUAAGAAACCGGUAAAGACAUCAACUGACGUGUAUAAAGAAGUUCGAAAGGGCGAAACAAUGGUCAUUAAUGUAAAACGCAACGGAAAUACGCUCACCCUGAAUGUAGAACCUGAAAUCACGAGCAGGCUAUAAUGUUUUGAGGGAGAUUACAUAGUAGCUACUAUUUUAAAUUUUAUGUGCAGACGCUCAGGUUAACAUACUAUGCAAGUUCCUUUCUCGUGUUUUUUACUGCAUAUGAAAAAAGUGUGAUUUUUCAAACUAUGAAAUGAGACAGUGAUGAUACGGUUUAUGAUCUCGUGUAGUGACAAUGUCGUUAACUAUACCUUAUGAAGACCGUCUAAUGGGUAUAUAAUGCAGUGUCCGUCCUAAUUGUAAUUUGCGUGGUUCAUAAUAUUUUUUAAAUAUUUAAAAUAUUUUUGUUCAAAGAAUUUCUAAUAAAUGUUACAAAGUA